GAAACAAAAUGUUUAGAGAACUUUUGCUCCUUGUGGUAGGGGCUGCCAUGGUUAUGGCUCAAAGAAGAUUGGCUCUACCGGAUCCAAGAAGUUGUUCCAACCGUGUUCGUCACGCAAACUACAGAGACGCCCGCGGCGUAACGCACUCGUACUUCUUCAGUUGGGAACAUCAAGCGACCAGAGGCUUGGAAGUCGAUUGGCUUGACGCCCGAAACAUCUGCAGACGCCAUUGCAUGGACGCCGUCUCCCUGGAAACGCCACAGGAGAACGAAUUCAUAAAACAAAGGAUAUCUCGCGGAAACGUCCGUUACAUCUGGACUUCAGGUCGCAAAUGUAACUUCGCCGGUUGCGACAGGCCCGACUUACAACCCCCAAAUAUCAACGGAUGGUUCUGGUCCGGUUCUGGUGCCAAAAUCGGACCCACCACUCAAAGAAACUCCGGGGACUGGAGUUACACCGGAGGAUACGGACAAGCUCAACCCGACAACCGUGAAGCUGCUCAGGGUAAUGACGAAUCUUGCCUCUCCAUCCUAAACAACUUCUAUAACGAUGGUAUCAAAUGGCACGAUGUGGCUUGUCAUCACGUAAAACCUUUCGUAUGUGAAGACAGCGAAGAGUUGUUGAACUUUGUUUCUUCAAGAAACCCCGGUAUCCGUCUAUAAUUUGUUAAGUUAAAGUAAAACAUCACCUCUCCUGCGAACUUUGAAGUUUCUUCGGUUUUCAGAAGAAUUAUUUUUUGGUUUGCAUCCCGAUCCCUCUUCCUUCCUUCGCAUGUGAAUAUCGGC